UUUUUUACAGCAACAUUUUCCAAUGGGAAACCCAGAAUAAGUGGAAAUCUGAAAGGAAUUUUACACAUGAAAAAUACUGCAAACUUCCGCUACCAGAGCCAGAGAUUGUUUGUCGUUGAGACUCCCUGGCUAAACUAUUUUGGGAAGAAUUACAAUGACAGUGACUCUUGUCCCAACCAGGAUUUAGUCUUCUUGGGUGUUCUUAAUAAAAGCACAGGCAAAAUGAGGCUUAUUGAAACAAGUUCAUAUACCUUGCAGCCAAAAGUAUCAUUUGAGAAAGACACAACUGAUUCUGUGAGUGAACAAACUUACCAAGAGAAGGUUGAGCGGAUAACAACAAAAUUUGGAAGUAAAAGAGCUAAGAAAAUUAUGAAACAAAGGAAAAUUAAUCAGGUGAAUGUUGAAGGAAUGGCAGAAGCCAUCCAAGAGGCAACUGUAGAUGUUACAGUGGAGCAGGAUGACUUGAUGAUAUCAGCUGACAAUGAGUGUGAUUACCUGACACUUCUGCCUGAGAAUGAUAGAGAGGCAAAGUCACCAGAAGAAGUUUACAAGUUAGAAUGGAUUGCUCCUGAUUACUUCUUAGCAAAUUUUGAAGAUAUAGCACGAGAACACAUUGCUGAUAAAACAGAAUCUGAUAAAACGGAAUCUGAUAAAACAGAAUCAGAUGAAGCAUAUUCAUUGUUGACUCGAGUGAUGCUGUCAGUUGCUAAACUUGAAGCUGAUGAAGAAAACCAAGUUAGACUCGUCUGCCUUGCUCUUUACGUUGAGUAUCUUGUUAGGCUCUGUCGGUUAAAGAAUCGGGAUUUAUGGAAUCGAAUGGUUCUAGAAGGCUGUCCACAUGAAGUCAAACAACACAUUCUUAACCAGUAUACAAAGGGCAAGGGUAAAGGAAGAACUAUGUCUGCAGAGGAUAAAGAUCGUAUACUAUGCCUGAUCCUUGUCUUGGCUCUUAUUGGUUUAAAGUUUGAGGUUGCUGCCAAUAUACUUGUGGAAUCACUACACAUUGAUAUAAAGAGGCUUCAUCUUCUUAUGAGAGCUAUUGGAGCAUCAUAUGUUGGAGAAAACUUCUCAUUUAAGCUCAGAUUCCCAUUGACCAAAAUUGCAAAAUCAUACAAGAAAAUGGCCAAGAGUAUACGACGAGCUUGAUGGGAUCAUUAGGCCUUUGUUUGCUAAUAAAGAUGAAAUAUUGUUA